UCAGCUUUAAAGAGAGAGAGGAGGAGGAACCUUGAGAGACGUCGGUCGCGACUGCAUGGAUUGUCAUUAUCGCUGCUCUCGCCAAGAGCGUCGAAUCUGCUGCUUUAAAGGCGGAGCUUGGCUAGUGUGGUUAAAGAAAGAUGGCGUCGGUCUGGGAUGAAGCGGAGGAUGGCAUCGGCGAGGAGGUCCUGAAGAUGUCCACGGAAGAGAUCGUGCAGAGGACCCGCCUGCUGGACAGCGAAAUCAAGAUCAUGAAGAGUGAGGUGCUGAGAGUAACCCAUGAGCUGCAAGCCAUGAAAGAUAAGAUCAAAGAGAACAGUGAGAAGAUAAAAGUAAACAAAACACUGCCAUAUCUUGUUUCCAAUGUCAUAGAGCUGCUAGAUGUUGAUCCCAAUGACCAAGAGGAGGAUGGAGCAAAUAUUGACCUUGAUUCUCAAAGGAAGGGCAAGUGUGCUGUGAUCAAGACCUCUACUCGUCAGACUUAUUUCCUGCCUGUGAUUGGGUUGGUUGAUGCUGAAAAACUGAAGCCUGGAGAUCUGGUGGGAGUGAACAAGGACUCUUACCUGAUUCUGGAGACCCUGCCCACAGAGUAUGACUCACGGGUCAAAGCCAUGGAGGUGGACGAGAGGCCUACAGAGCAGUACAGUGAUAUUGGGGGACUGGAUAAACAGAUCCAAGAGCUGGUAGAAGCUAUUGUCUUGCCAAUGAAUCAUAAAGAAAAAUUUGAAAACCUGGGUAUCCAGCCUCCUAAAGGGGUCCUCAUGUAUGGACCUCCAGGAACAGGAAAGACACUUUUAGCAAGAGCAUGUGCUGCACAGACAAAGGCUACAUUCUUGAAGCUGGCUGGCCCACAAUUGGUGCAGAUGUUCAUUGGAGAUGGAGCCAAAUUAGUGCGAGAUGCCUUUGCGUUAGCCAAGGAGAAAGCACCUUCUAUUAUCUUUAUUGAUGAACUUGAUGCCAUUGGCACAAAAAGAUUUGACAGUGAAAAGGCUGGUGAUCGGGAAGUACAGAGGACCAUGUUGGAAUUGCUGAACCAGCUUGAUGGAUUCCAACCCAACACACAAGUCAAGGUGAUUGCUGCAACUAACCGUGUGGAUAUCCUAGACCCUGCUCUACUCCGCUCAGGGCGACUGGAUCGCAAGAUUGAGUUUCCAAUGCCCAAUGAGGAGGCUAGAGCCAGAAUUAUGCAGAUCCAUUCACGCAAGAUGAAUGUCAGCCCUGAUGUGAAUUAUGAAGAGCUGGCUCGUUGCACAGAUGACUUCAAUGGGGCACAGUGCAAGGCUGUGUGUGUGGAAGCGGGGAUGAUUGCCUUACGGCAUGGAGCUACAGAGCUUACCCAUGAAGAUUACAUGGAAGGAAUCUUGGAAGUCCAGGCCAAGAAGAAAGCCAAUCUGCAAUAUUAUGCCUGAUUCUUGCACCUGAAGCUAAUUGUUCAGGCUUUGGCUGAGAAACCAGGAUCAAGAGUUGGAUCUGGAACUUUCUUACUUUCUAUAUUACCUGAUGG